CGAUAAACCAAACGUCAGCGAACUGAAGAACGUCAAACUCAGAGUGACUUCCAGAAGGCAAGCAGACGUUCAAGCCCCUAUUCCUCUAUCUACGCGCGUCCACCAUGUCCACCUUUCCGCGCCGCCUCAAACAGUCUGGUGGCCCCACCAUAAGCGCAGGAGCACCCGCGCAGCCUCUCCUAACACGUCCCGCGACAUCCGACUUCGACGCCGGUCUCAACAGCUCUGCCGCCUGGACAGAACACCUUGACCUCGCACGUACACUUAGUGAAAGUGAACUUGCUCAUGUGGUUCCAGUUGGAGAGGCGGAUAGUCUAUCGUUGGGUAGCGCGGACGAGGAGAAAGUCGUUCGUGAUGAUGAUGACGGAGAACAGCAGGACGAGAGUCAAGAGGGCGUUGAGUUGACGUUAACACGUGGCCGUCCUGCGCGUGUGCUGUAUGACUUUAACGGAGAGGCUACAGCGAAGGAGUUAUCUGUGCGUGCAGGCGAUGAGUUGGAGGUGUUACACGAGACAAUUGACAGUGCUGACGGAUGGAGUUUGGCGCGGAUACCACUUCGCGUUCACGACGACGACGACAACGAUGAUAACGAACGGAACGAGCAAGACGCCGACGACGCUGAUUCAGAACACGGAGGUGAAGUAGGUCUCGUACCCAGAGAAUACUACACGUUUACAACGGACUUCAUCUCCUCACCUGAGGACGCUCUGGCCGAUACCAACGCGCCUGGACACACGCAGGACGCGUCCACUCCGCGCGCAUCCAUUGUCAACAAUAACAUUGAUAAUAAUAGCAAGAGUUCCAACCCUCCACUCAUUCCACAAAACACAGGUGAAUGGUUCCGCCAACAAGUGCGGCGAAGUCUACUUGGCGGACGCAGCUUCAACCGUUUCUCUCGAUUCGUCACGUCUGGCGCAGAGGCUUUCAUCCUUCGCGGUGGCCCUCCUGCAAAUUCUAUUCAGGCUCGUGCAGAAGACGGCCUUCCUCCUUCCGAUGCAACCAGUGCCAACUUCCGUCCCUCGUCCUACCUGCCUCACGUUGGACACCUACGCGAGCCAAGUGCCGUUCCACCUGAAACGGACAACAAAGUACAUUUCAUCGACGUCGACGAGGCAGGGCCGAUAUGGCGGAGUAAGGUCCCGCCAUUCGACGUGAGGGUGCAUUCGCCUGAGAAGCGAUAUCCACAUGUUCACGCAGGAGAAGGAGAAAACGGAGGGGAAGAAGGAAGGUCGGUCGCAGGAGCUUACAUCGUGUAUAGCGUGACGAGCACAUUCUCUCUUCCUCUCAAUUCCGCUCCCUCUUCCGAUGAUGAAGACGAAGAAACGGACACAAGAGCAGUCACUACCAAUGCUACAAUUGCCCAACCAAUAACCGUCCACCGUCGCUUCUCACACUUCGUCCUCCUACACAAUGCCAUAUCCGCCCAGCUACCCGGCCUCGCGCUCCCCGCACUUCCGGAAAAACAAUACGCUGGUCGAUUGAGUAGUGCAUUCGUUGAAGCCCGAAGAGCAGCUUUACAGCGUUACUUACGCGCGUUGGUUCGACACCCGGUUGUUAGGUACUCCGAGGCGUUGACGUUUUUCUUGAGCUGUGAGGAUGAAGUGGAAUGGCGUCGUCAGCUCCCUUACCACUUGCACACACGGCCCGCAGGGGCAUCUUUUUACUCUAACGUCUUUCAUCUACCUUUCCAAGUUGACGCGGAAGAAGUGACUGAAACAGCUGAGCGCUUCGAAAAUCACACGCGAGCAGUUUCACAGGGUGUACAGCAAUUGAGAGGGAUGUAUGGGAGAGUAAAGAGUGCGAGGCUUGAGAUGUCCAACGCAGAACGUCAACUAUCCUACGCCCUCCUCUCACUGAUCACAUCCAAACCACUCACUGGCUCUUUAUCCCUCUCUGAUUCCGACGACUCCGACUCAUCUGCUUCCCCAUCCGACAACGAAAUUGAAGCAAAUAGCACUGCUCACUCGCCUAUAAAUACAAUUAACGCAACAAAUGGACGACAUAGGCGGCAUCACAAACAACAGAAGAGGAAUAAAAGAGGUUUGCAAAACGCCGAAGGGGCGUGGUGUUGGCGAGAGGAUUGUACCGAUUGUCUGCGCCUUACGAAGUGCAUACAGAAGACCGCCGAGACACUUCAGGGUGUGGCAGAUUUGUACGAUGGACACGCUCGACGAACUAUGUUAGAGACAGAAGAUUCACUCAAGGAUGCUGCACAUCCGGACAAAACUUACUCUCCUAUCCUUGAUAUACACAGAGAAACGCUACUGCGGUAUAAAGAGGAGUCGGAGUCAGAGUUAACCCGUAGCCCGAUAAAUUCCAACUCAGACUCUUCCAAUGCGCAAAGCAACGACGACUGGAAGGACACUGACGAUGGGAAAACCAUUGAUAAGAAGGGAACAAAGGAGGAGGAGGAGAAUACAGCCCAAGCACGCUGCGAGACAGUCCUCAACACCACACUAGCAGAAAUGGACGAAUACCACUCUACAAAACGAGAUACCUUUGAGCAGAUCACAAAGAUGCACUUAGACAACGAGAUAGCGUUUUACGAACAACUCCUAACGCGUCUUCACACAACACGCGCACUCUUCUCCGCUCCCUCCUCUGAACUCGAGUUGACUAUGCCCGGUCCGAGGGUGAUGUCGGUGUACGAACGGGAGCUUGGUGAGAUGAGAGUUGCGGAGCCGCUUACAGCACCAGCGCCACAUGUGUUGGAUGGGACGGGGAUGAGGCCCGUAAGUAAAGCAAUACAGGGGUUACUCGGGUUGACUACCGGCUCUGGCUUGGGCGUCGGGCAGGGCAUGAGCGUCAAUGAUGGUGGAGACGGAGAGGGCAGAGGGAGUGUGUUUGGGAGGCUGUGGUGAGAAUGUUAACUAUCAGUAUCUGCGUAGUCAACGCGUUCAGAUGCACUAUCAGCCCUUACUUUUCAUGAUUUAUUUUCUCCCUGUCCAGUGUCUAUAUACCCAUUGGAGCAUCUUUAUGAACAUAGUGACCUUUCAUAUGCUUUUAUGCAAGUCCAAUGAAAUGUACGUAC